CCUGAUUUUCUGCAGUUAUGAGUGGUUCAUCUUCCAAACAACCUACGAAUUGUCUGUGUGCUAUCACGAGAACACGCUUGAGGAAUACGAAAAAAUUUGAAUAUCCAGAAAUAUUAGAUAAGUCCCUAUCACUAAAACCAAGAAUGCCGAACAUAAAGGUAUUCAGCGGUACUUCUCACCCUGAUCUUGCACAAAGAAUUGUUGAUCGGCUUGGAAUCAAUUUGGGCAAGGUGGUCACAAAAAAAUUUAGUAAUUCUGAAACUUGUGUGGAAAUUGGGGAGUCUGUGAGGGGAGAAGAUGUUUAUAUAGUACAAUCUGGCUGUGGAGAAGUGAAUGAUAACUUGAUGGAACUUCUGAUUAUGAUAAAUGCGUGCAAAAUUGCUUCAGCUAGCCGAGUAACUGCUGUGAUUCCAUGUUUUCCCUAUGCAAGGCAAGAUAAGAAAGACAAGCCAUCAAACUCUAAAGAACUCAAAGUGGAAAAAUGGAAAGAACUUGAGUGGAAAUACAGGAGUCGAGCCCCCAUAUCCGCCAAGCUUGUCGCGAACAUGUUGUCAGUAGCCGGUGCGGAUCACAUCAUGACUAUGGAUUUGCACGCUUCACAAAUUCAGGGUUUCUUCGAUAUACCCGUAGACAACCUUUACGCCGAACCAGCUGUGCUGAAAUGGAUCAGAGAGAACAUAUCAGAAUGGAGGAACAGUAUAAUAGUCUCACCUGAUGCGGGUGGAGCCAAGAGAGUGACAUCUAUCGCCGAUAGGCUAAACGUUGAAUUCGCUCUUAUCCACAAAGAGAGAAAGAAGGCCAAUGAGGUAGCCUCGAUGGUACUUGUGGGAGAUGUGAAAGAUAGAGUAGCUAUUCUGGUAGAUGACAUGGCUGAUACCUGUGGAACAGUUUGUCAUGCUGCGGAAAAAUUGAGGGAAGCUGGUGCAACCAAAGUAUACGCCAUUUUGACCCAUGGUAUCUUUUCGGGACCUGCAAUAACAAACAUCAAUAAUGCAUGCUUUGAAGCUGUGGUUGUGACAAAUACUAUUCCCCAAGAUGAACACAUGAAAGACUGUCCCAGAAUUCAGUGUAUAGAUGUAUCGAUGAUAUUUGCGGAAGCAGUUCGAAGAACACACAACGGGGAAUCUGUGUCGUUCUUAUUCUCAAAUGUUCCAUAUUAAUUUUAAGCCUGGAGAGACUAGCUAGUGAAAUUCUUUUUUUUUCUUCAAUCAUUUUAAAGUGCAGUUAAUUUUUGACCAUACACGAUUUUAAAAAAUUAUAUUUUUAUUGUAUAGAACAUAAUUUUGUUCUACUUCCUAUUGAAUUUUAAGUAUUUUACUCAUAAAUAUAUUGAAUUGAAAUUCUUACCUUGCACAUAAAUUAGAUAUGUAUAUUUGAGAUAUGUGUCAUAUUGUUAUUUUCAUCAUUAAAAAAAUGUAUACAUA